GACGGCUAUGUGGCCUUCGGGUCCCUAGCGGAAGUUCAACAGGCUGCCGUAGAGCACCUGAACGCGGAGCCAGCAGUGCAGCAGAGGAGACGGCCGGAGCGGCUUUCAGCCAGAAUCCGGGAUUUGGACACCGGCCCAGACCCAGGACGACCCGGCUUCGUGCUGGGCACGCUGUGCCCCGACUUGACCUUCUGCCCUGGGGGAGCAACCUAUGAGCUAAAGCUGAA